AUGUUGGGUAUGGAUUCCAAAAUUCCGAAACCUGCGUUCCUGAGAAAACCUACCGGGCCGUUAAGUUUGCCCGGUAAUGCUCGUCUACCGUUAAGCAGAGAUUUGCUCAAUCUUCCGUCAGCAAAUGCCACUAUGUUGGCUAAAGUGCGUGUUGCUUCACCAGAUCAUAAGAGCACUGGUGGAUUGGUAAACCGUACGAAACUACGCCGCAGCCGAUCGGCGGCCGAGCUAAACAGAACGGAUUUUCAUCGUCCGAAGUAUCUGUCUAACCUGGCAUCGAUAUCGUCAAGACCAGCAAAUAUAAACGCCACUACGGUGGCAAUGAUGGCAACUAGUGAUCUGGUCAAACCGCUAACCGAUACCAAUGGUGCAAGAACGCAUCUUCGCAGGAGUCGUUCCGCCUGCGAUAUUGCAAUGAAAUCGAACAUGUCUUCUGCUUCAUCGACAAAUUCAUCAUCAGUUAGCGGGGUGUCAUCCUUAGCCGGAUACAAGCGCCAACCGCCGACCACUGGCUUCAACUGCCGUAAUGUUGUACCAGCUAAGCUGCCAAAAAUGACUACAAUUCCACCGAGAAUGGCGACAACAGGAUCUACUAGCAUGUUUACCAAAUCCUCAUCACAGAAGCCAACUAUUAUCUCUACGACUACAUCAAAGAAGGCGGUCCCGCCAAUGAAAAGCACUCUAGGCGUGAAGACGACAGGCAGUAGCGGUGGUGCUUUGAGCGUUAAAAGGACCGGAGUGGAUGCACCAAAAUCGAACGGGGUAGGUACGAAGACGACCGGUAAAACGAUGAACAAACGCAUUCCGCCGUACGAUUAUAAAGCACGGUUUGCGAAUUUAACCGAAAAGCACAAAGCACUUGUCGAGAAGCAUGAAAAACUGCAGGAGGAACACGCCAGCCGGGAAGCGUUGCAGGAGUUGUACGACGACUGCACUAGAGAACUUGGCAAUCUGAAAAACGAACAUGCGCUGCUACAGACGGAUCUGCGGAAGAUAAGCUUGGAGAGCGAAGAACUGAAGCAACACAAUCUAACGCUAUCCACUGCUCUUCAACAAACAGAAGCGGAACUAAGCAAAUAUAAGGAAAAAUUUACCGUUGCUGAUCGGGAAAAUGUUGAGCUCCGAAAGCAAGUCAAAGAGCUCGAGGAGCGGUCAGCAUUCUUGGAGGAAGAAAAUCUUACGUUACAGGACGCAAACGAACGCAACGCGGAACUGCUGUUUCAUGCAAACAUCGAGCGUAAAGAGCUGCACAACAUGGUUAUGGACCUACGGGGCAACAUACGCGUAUUUUGUCGUGUGCGGCCACCAUUGCCUUCGGAAGCGAACAGAAUCGAGUGUGGUUGGAAGUAUCUGGACGAACAGUCGAUCGAACUGUAUGCCAUGGACGGUACUAACAAGCGGAUGGACUUCAGUUUCGAUCACGUGUUCCAUCCCCGGACUACGCAGCAGGACAUAUUCGAUAACGUGUCGCCCCUGAUACAGUCCGCUUUGGAUGGAUACAACGUUUGCAUUUUUGCGUAUGGUCAAACGGGAAGCGGCAAAACAUUCACGAUGGAUGGUGUACCGGAGAGCUUGGGCGUUAUUCCUCGCACAGUCGAUUUGAUUUUCAACGCGGUUAAUGAUUACAAACGCUUUGGAUGGGAAUAUGAGAUCCGUGUCACAUUCCUUGAGAUUUAUAACGAAAUAUUGUACGAUCUGCUGGACACCUCUGGUACAACGAAAGAUCUGGAGAUACGAAUGGCUAAUGCGAAAAACAAAACAGAAGUUUACGUUUCGAACAUAAUCGAAGAGACAGUAGAAUCGCCCGGACGAUUGCAUCAACUGAUGAAUAUCGCAAAGAUGAAUCGCGCCACGGCAGCAACCGCCGGUAAUGAGCGUUCCUCGCGGUCCCAUGCAGUCACGAAAAUAACCCUGAUCGGUACGCACCAGGAAAAGUGUGAAACGUGCGUUGGUUCAGUAAAUCUGGUCGACUUAGCCGGGUCCGAGAGUCCCAAGACAAGCACACGCAUGGACGAGACGAAAAAUAUCAAUCGAUCGCUUAGCGAACUGAGCAACGUUAUAUUGGCCCUGGUGCAGAGGAACGAACACAUCCCGUACCGCAACUCCAAGCUAACACACCUGUUGAUGCCAAGCUUGGGCGGCAAUUCGAAAACGCUGAUGUUUGUCAACGUGGCACCGUUCCAGGACUGCUUUAUGGAAACGGUCAAAUCGCUUCGCUUUGCCUCGCAGGUCAACUCGUGCAAGAUGCAGAAGGUGAAGAAAAAUAAGGCCCUGAACGGUUCGUCGGUCAUAUAA